GAAAGGUUAAGGAAGGAGAAAGCACCUUAUUUACUUCUCAGGUGUGGUGCUUGCAAUGGAGCUCUGGCUGUGUGUGUUGAUCGUAGCUACCAGUGCUGCACUGCUGAUGGUGGGACGGAGGAGAACUCACUGGUCAUGGCCAGUAGGGCUUGUGGUGGUGGAGGUGAUGCUGUGCUGUUGGAUAUCAAGUGGAAGUGUGGCAGUAAUAAUAAUAAUAAUGAGUGCCACCUGCGGCUGCUGCAUGCUCCACUUUACUGCAGGAAGGCAGGAGGAUUUGCUGCCUGUGCAAGGCAAAGCAGUGCUCAUUACAGGUUGUGACUCUGGUUUUGGUCACAAUCUUGCUAAGAUCCUGGACAAGGCUGGGAUGAAGGUGUACGCAGGAGUGCUGAAUGAGUUCGGACCUGGUGCUCAGGAGCUCAGGGAGGUUUCUUCUGCACAGCUUGUCAUCCUACAGCUGGAUAUCACAAACCUAGACCAAAUCUCUGAAGCUCAUAAGCUUAUCAAGAGUCAAAGAGGAGAGACGGGUCUUUGGGGACUGGUGAACAAUGCAGGAGUGCUUGGACAUACGUGUGAUGCAGAACUUCUUCCUAUGAGAAUAUUAAGAAAAAUCAUGAAUGUGAAUUUUAUUGCUGGUGUAGAGGUUACUAAAGUUUUCCUGCCUUUGAUAAGAAAAGCACAAGGAAGGUUUGUGUGUGUAUCCAGUAUGUCAGGAGAAGUUCCGUUCCCUGGGUUCGCUGCAUACGGAGCAUCUAAGGCAGCUGUGAUUUCUUACUAUGGAGCUCUGAGACAAGAACUGUCCUGUUGGGGCGUAAAAGUGGCCAUUGUUCAGCCCGGGGGCUUCAAGACAAACAUUUUUGGCAGUCAAGAGGAAUGGUGUAAACUCCAGCAGGAAAUCCUCAGCACCCAGUCCCAAGAAGUAAUAGAUGCAUAUGGAGAAGAGUACAUCGGCUCCAUGGUACACACUUUAAGUACAAUGACUACUCAGACCUGUGAUAAUUUUAAGCCAGUGCUGGAUGAUCUACAACAUGCGUUACUUUCAAAAAAUCCAAGGGCCUUUUACUAUCCGGGACCCAUGGCCUGGGCUGUUCCAGCCCUACAAAGGAUCUGUCCAACACACCUGUUUGAUGCCAUUUUUGCAAGGUUAUUAACUUACAAAGCCUUAAGUCCAGCAGGAGUGGCUAUUAAAAAAUGAAACACUUUUUAUACUGAGAAUGUGCAAGUAGUAAUGCAUUUUAUACACUGUACCCCAGUGCUUCUCAAUGCUGGUCACCCUGCUCUGCACAUAUUAAUGUUUUCUCAGCUCCCAGCACAACAAGUUAGUUAAAGAAGCUAAUUGGCACCCAUUUCUGAAUUGAACUUAUUGUGAUAGAAUAAGGAAAGCAGGGAGAGUCUUCCAGGAGCAGGGUUGAAUCUAAGCAAAUGCCUAUACUAACCUUAUUUCUGCAGGGUCCAAAUGUAUCAAUGAUUAAUUUACAUUUUUUUCUGAAAUAGGGUGUGUCCUGCAAGAAAUCUAAUGAAUAAAACCUCUAAAAAUGAA